CGUGUCCCUCCCAGCUGCGCUUUCCCUCGCGUGUCGUUUUCUUUCUUACACGAUGUAGCUUCUCGUUUCAUUCUCGUAAUGCAUAAUUUAUACCCAAAACUAUAGUUUAAUUUCAAAACCCCACCUCAUAGAAGUUUCCAUAUACAGCAGCAUCUGCUAGAUUUAGCCACGAUCUGUGUCUGCUUCGUCCUCUAUAAAGGCCACCCCUCCUCCUCCAUUUCUCUGCACAUCCAAUUCACACAUCCACAACAAAGAAAGGCACAUACAGACACACACAGACACACCUGCUCUCUGUCUCUCUCAGGCACUCUCGGACAGGUUUCUUGGCUCGAAAAUGAAGGCAACAUCAGAGGCAAGGUACGCCCUCCUGCUCGCCGCAAGGGACUCGGACUACGUGACGAAAGUCUACGGCGGGUACUUCAACGUGUUCGUCGCGGCCUUCGGGGAGGAAGGCGAGAGGUGGGACCUCUACAGGGUCGUGGAUGGGGAGUUCCCGGACACGGACGAGCUCCACAAGUACGAUGGCUUUGUCGUCAGCGGGAGCCCUUACGACGCCUACGGCAACGACUAUUGGAUCCUCAAGCUCUGCCUCCUCUUGCAGACUCUCGGUGCCAUGGACAAGAAGAUCCUGGGGGUUUGCUUCGGCCACCAGGUGUUGUGCAGAGCGUUGGGGGGCAAAGUUGGGAAAGCAUACACAGGGUGGGACAUUGGGCUGAGGAAGGUGAGGAUUGUGAAGGAUUUAUUCCCAUGCGGGUAUUUGAAUGAGAUGGACGAUAUCCCACCAGCUCUGUCCAUUAUUGAGUGCCAUCAAGAUGAGGUCUGGGAGGUCCCGACUGGUGCUGAAGUCAUUGCAUUCUCCGAGAAAACUGGGGUUGAGAUGUUCGCGGUCGGCGAUCGCAUUCUCGGCAUUCAGGGCCACCCUGAGUACACCAAAGACAUUCUCUUCAAUCUCAUCGACCGCCUUCUUAACAACGACUGCAUCGAGAAAGGUUUCGCUGAAGAUGCCAAGUUCGCAUUAGAGAUGGCCGAGCCGGAUCGGAAAUGCUGGGAAAGGAUCUGCAGAAACUUUCUCAAGGGAAGCUAGAAGGAUUGCUCCCAGUUCUAUUUUUUCCUUUUGGUUGAAUUUUCGUUUCCUUUUAUGACUCCAUUACGGACCAAACGUGGUUGGAAGAAACAUUGUACGAGCCUCAGUUCGUAUAGUAAAUAUACAUACAUAUGCUAA